AUGUCGUCUCCAAAAGUCGGUGAUCAUAUCGACAGCCUCGAUACGCCUUCAAUGAUCGUGGACCUUGAUCUCUGUGAAGCCAACAUCAAGAAGUUAAUGGACAGGCUUCUGCCAACUGGACUCAAUAUCCGACCUCAUCUCAAAACUACAAAGAGUGCCAUUCUCGCCAACAAAUUAACCAAAGCCGGGGCCAAGGGUGGUUGCGUCGCGAAAGUAAGCGAGGCUGAAGCUAUCGCCGCAGCCGGGUUCGAUGAUCUCCUUAUUACCUGCGAGAUCAUUGGUCCUGCCAAGGUCCAGCGACUAGUGGAGUUAUAUCGAAAAUACCGCAAUAUCCGAAUCGUUGUGGAUAGUGAAAUCGGCGCGUCUGCCAUUAACGAGGCUCUGCUUGCUUCGGGAAUCAAGGAACCCAUCUCCGUUCUGAUUGACCUUGAUGUUGGACUUCACCGCACGGGUGUGAAGCCCGGAGAGCCAGCUAUGGCCCUGGCACAGCACAUUGCCGGACUGAAGCAGUUAAACUUGAUUGGCGUUCAAGGCUACGAGGGCCACUUGCAACACUUGCACGACAAGGAAGACCGCAGGGAACAAUGUCUGCAAUCCAUGCAGAUUCUCACCGGCACCGCAAAUUAUCUGCGGGAAGCAGGCUUCAACAUCGAAGUUGUGACUACUGGUGGAACUGGCACAGCGGAAUUCUGUGCCACUGUUCCUGGAGUGACAGAGCUUCAGCCUGGAUCUUUCAUCUUCAUGGAUACGGAUUAUCGAAAUGCGGUGGGAACGUUCUAUUCCAAUAGUUUGACACUCUUGUCGACUGUAAUCAGCCAGCAAGGCCCCCAGAUCGUUACAAUCGACACUGGUCUUAAAUCUUUGACGACGGAUAGUGGCUUGGCGGAGUGCAAAGACUCAAGAUAUGCUUAUGGCGUUUUGGGUGAUGAACAUGGUUCGCUUGCUUGGGAAACUGGAACGCCAAACCUUGGUGUUGGCGAUCGUGUGGAGAUGAUCCCUAGUCAUAUUGAUCCUACCGUGAACUUGCAUGAUUUCUAUUUUGCCCACCGGAAGGGUAUCAUUGAGGAGAUCUGGCCCGUUGACUCCAGAGGUAAGGUUCAAUGA